AUUGCUAGUGUAGAGUGGUACAGAGAUAAUAUUUGAUCACGUAAACGUCUCUAUCAACCUCAUCAGCCAGAGGGUUUGAACUCGAGACUCAUCGGCUUGGCAAUCAUUAGCUUGUAACGACUCGACCACGCCGACCCUGAAAAACCGUUGAUGAUUUAAUAGCUCGGGAGCUACGACCUAACGUUUUAAACUUCCAGAAAAAUGUCGGCGUCACAAGGCCAAUCAGAUAUUGACCCACUUAACAUUGUACUCAUUGGAAUGACCGGAGAAGGGAAAAGUUCAACGGGCGACACCAUUCUGGGGUAUCGAAAGUUGAGGCCAGUUUCUGCCGAGAAGUCUGGCUCUAAAGAGAUACAUGUUGAGAGUAAACAGUGGGACCAUGGGUCAAUAAAUAUCGUGGACACGCCAGGUAUUAAAGACACGGAUGCUGAAAACGUUACAAUGUCUAAUUUGUAUGGAGCCAUGGAAAUUUGUAAAGAGGGGAUCAAUGCGGUUGUCAUUGUUCUCAAAUUCAAAGAAAAAUGGACAGCUAAAAAACUGAAAACGAUUUCCAUUAUCAGAGAAUGUUUUGGAAAACAUCUGAUCCAGAAUUGUGUCAUUGUUAUGACACACGGGGUCCAUUUUGAGUUGAAUGAAGAAAGUUUAUCUUUUGAUGAGUGGUGUCGCGUUCAAACUGAGCCGGAAGAAUUAGUUCAGUUAUUCCAGGCUUGUCAUUAUAGGACGGUUCUGUUCUAUAAUAAAAUUCUUAAAACAGAUGAGAACAUUAGGAAACAGAAAGAAAGUAUCCAUCAGCUUUUACAAAUGGUUUUACACCUCCCAGGGAGAUAUGUUAAGAGAAGUAACGCCAAAGCUAUUACAGAACAAAGAAGAUAUCAACAGGUAGAAAGAUCAACUGACCGAGAUGGCGAAAGAAAAAAAUCUGGCAACAACUUCGAGGGAAACUCGACAGACAGAAGAGGUUCUAGCCAAAACGUUCUUAGAAAGCAGGACAACAAGUAUCAAACUGCUUACAGUUUCAGCACACACGGUCGGCAAUCAUUACAUCAGACGGCAAGAAACAUGUACACACAUCAAACUUCACCUGGGAAAGAGGCUACGGAAAAUUUUGUCAAAGAGAAAGUACUAAGAAGGAAUUCUGUAAUGCAGGUACAAUCUGGAAGCCCUCCAAGUGAGAAAAAAUUGAACUUCCUUUUAGUUGGUAAAAAAGCGGUGGGAAAAAGUAGCUCAGGGAAUUCUAUUUUGGGACGUAAAAUUUUUACCCCGUUAGAUACAUCUAUGACAUCAAACUGCCAACGCGAUGACGUCAGAAUAAACGUUGUCGACACCCCUGGGCUUAUGGACGAUGAUGAGUCACAGAAUGUAAAAACCAUAACCCAAGUCUUGCCGAACAUUAUGUCUGACUGCCCCGAAGGGUUCGAUGCUCUGCUUCUUGUAUUCAAAUACGGCGAAAGUUUUACUGAAGACGAUGCAAAAACGUUGUAUAUUUUGUGAUGCAUCUUUGGUGAUAAUGUCGUGAAGGAUCACUGCAUCAUUAUUUUGACACACGGGGAACGUUUUGACUUAGACCAAGAUGAAGCGGAUCAGCCGCAAGCAUUCCGAGACUGGCGCAGACUACAAAAAGGUGCUUUCGGGAGGCUGUUCAAGGAAUGUCAAGAACGCGUGGUGCUGUUUUACAACCUGGGAAGAAAUGAGGAGAUGGUGAAGAAAAGAGACGCCUCUGUCGGGACACUGAUGCACAAGGCGUUUGAGUUGGUGAAAAACGGACGAUACACUAACGAGCAAUUUAAACGAUGUGUGGAGGAGAGAGGUCAACUGAUAGAGGAGUAUAGAGAACAACAGCGCAAUCCUGAUCAGACUCCGAUGUCUAUAAACAGAACAGUUAGUACUGAAGAUACAAAUACACAACCACAAGCGAGAAAAAGGCAGUCUACGACAUUCUCAGGACGAAUGACAAAAGCAGUGAGGUAUGGUAACAACAGCAACACAUGGCAAGUAACCACCACUACAUUACCAGAAACACAGUUGAAAUGUAGACAGUGCAGCAGGACGUUUCACGAUCGUCGAACCCUGGAUUUCCACAUCAGAAACAUCCACAAGAGGAAGUCAGUGUGUGGAUUUUGUAAAACGUUUUUUGAAAACAGGGUGGAUUACUCUAACCAUAUGAAGUCGUAUCAUCCACUGUAAUUUACUUGUUUCAAUUUUUAUAUUACUUUAAAGUAGAAAUAAGUAGUGCAGAAUAUUAUUCCCAUUUUAAAUCAUUCCACUAUCUCUUGUGAUUUUUUUC